AUGCCGUCCAAAAACUCCAAUGGCCCCUCGGGCCAGGUCAGCCACCGAAUACGCAACUUCUUCCGCAUCAACAGCCCCGCGCCUGCCGACAAAGAAAAGAAUGCCUCGCCCUCGCCCGGCUCCUCCAACAUCACCGUCAACACGGGCAGUGCCGCCGACAACAUGGCCAGCCCCAAACCCUCCCGCCACACAAAGUUCUUCAGCAAUACCGUCGGCCGACUUCGCGCUCAUACUGUGGCUAGCGAGGGCAACCAGCUCGAGGAGGCCAUGAGCCCGACGGCUCACGCUAACCCCUACUUUGUACACCAGGGCCAGCCUGGCCUCCGCCAUCACAACGACGGCUCUGUGCCCCCAAGCCCCCCCGAUACGCCAUCGUUGCACAUCUCGGGCCCUGCGGGCGGCGCCGGCGAGCACGCCACCACAGAGACCAAGGAGGAGUUGGCUCGCCGGCUGAGGCGAGUAGCAAGCGCACCUAACGCCCAGGGCAUGUUUGUCAAUGAUGCCGACAAGGUCGUGGGCAUCGACGGCGCUCGCCCGGGCACCGCCGAGCUCGGCAAGGAUCCCGUCUUUCAGAGCCCCGACUCCGGCAAGGAUGACGACACCCUCGGCGCUCUUCCGCCCCCAAAGGCCACCAACGCCGCCUUCCGCCGCACGUACAGCUCCAAUUCGAUCAAGGUCCGCAAUGUGGAGGUCAAUCCCUCUAGCUUUGACAAGAUCAAGCUCAUCGGAAAGGGAGACGUCGGCAAGGUCUAUCUUGUCCGUGAGAAAAAGAGCAAUCGCCUAUAUGCGAUGAAGGUCUUGAGCAAGAAGGAAAUGAUUAAGCGCAACAAAAUCAAGAGAGCCCUCGCAGAGCAGGAAAUCCUGGCGACAAGUAACCACCCGUUUAUUGUCACCCUCUACCAUUCUUUCCAGUCCGAGGACCAUCUCUAUCUGUGCAUGGAGUACUGCAGCGGAGGCGAAUUCUUCCGCGCCCUGCAGACUCGCCCUGGAAAGUGCAUUCCCGAAGACGAUGCGCGAUUCUACGCUGCCGAAGUCACGGCUGCUCUCGAGUACCUGCAUCUGAUGGGCUUCAUCUACAGAGAUCUCAAGCCUGAAAAUAUUCUUCUACACCAGUCUGGACACAUUAUGCUUUCAGAUUUCGACUUGUCAAAACAAUCUGACCUCGGCGGCAAACCAACCAUGAUUGUCGGCAAGAAUGGCGCACGAACGGACGCCCUCCCCACCAUCGAUACCAGAUCUUGCAUCGCCAACUUCCGCACCAACUCUUUCGUCGGCACCGAGGAAUACAUUGCGCCAGAAGUUAUUAAGGGUAGCGGCCAUACAAGUGCUGUCGACUGGUGGACGCUCGGCAUUCUCAUCUAUGAGAUGCUUUACGGCACCACCCCCUUCAAGGGCAAGAAUCGCAAUGCCACAUUUGCCAACAUUCUUCGCGAGGACAUUCCCUUCCCCGACCACGCCGGUGCCCCACAGAUCUCAAAUCUUUGCAAGUCCCUGAUUCGGAAGCUGCUUAUCAAGGACGAGAACCGACGACUGGGCGCCCGAGCUGGCGCCUCCGACAUUAAAGUCCAUCCAUUCUUCCGCACCACACAAUGGGCUCUCAUCCGACAUAUGAAACCCCCCAUCGUUCCUCAUGCUGGCCGCGGCAUCGAUACCGUCAAUUUUCGAAACGUCAAGGAGAGCGAGAGUGUCGAUAUCAGCGGUGCCAGGCAGAUGCCGGGUGUGCCGUUGGACAGUGGUCUAUCUACGCCAGGAAACGAAAUCGCAGACCCGUUCCUCGAGUUCAACAGCGUUACUCUGCACCACGAUGGUGACGACCACCAUCAUCAGACCUACCAGAACGGUAUCCAAACAUAG